UGAUAAAAACCCUACCGCCGCGACCACCGACACCGAGAGACUUCGCCGCCGUGAAACCUCCAGUGAAGAAGCUUUGUCAAAGCGAGUUCAAUGAAGAGGUGAAUGCGCUUUAGAGCUCAGAUUCUUUAUUAUCUUCCGCGGUGGAGACAGAAGAAAGUGAUGAUAAGCAAUGAGAUGGAUUUGUCAGAUGCAGUGAUUGUAAAAUCUGGGAGAUUGAAAUCAGUUGUGUGGAAUGAUUUUGAUAGAGUUAGAAAAGGUGAGACUUACGUUGCAAUCUGUAGGCAUUGUAAGAAGAGACUUAGCGGAUCGAGUGCGAGUGGGACUUCGCAUUUGAGGAACCAUUUGAUUAGAUGUAGGAGGAGAAGCAAUGGUAACGGUGUAGCGCAAUAUUUCGUUAGGGGGAAGAAGAAAGAAGGGAAAUUGAGGUAGCGAAUGAGCGGAGAAAAGAUGAAGAACAGCUUAGUAUAGUGAAUGUUAGAUAUGAACAUGAGAGAGAGCAUGAUGAUGCUUCUGCUGUAAGUACUGGUUUGGAUCAAAGGCGGAGUCGGUUUGAUCUAGCCCGGAUGAUUAUCUUACAUGGAUAUCCGUUAACUAUGGUCGAAGAUGUUGGAUUCAGAAUGUUUAUUAGAAAUUUACAGCCUUUGUUUGAACUUGUUGCGUUUGAAAGAGUUGAGUCUGAUUGUAUGGAGAUUUACGCGAAAGAGAAGCACAAGAUUUUCGAAGCGUUGGAUAAGUUACCUGGAAAGAUUAGUAUCAGUGUUGAUGUGUGGAGUGGUUCAGAUGAGUUCUUGUGUUUGGCAGCACAUUAUAUCGAUGAAGCUUGGGAACUGAAAAAGAGAGUUUUAAACUUCUUUGUGGUUGAUCCAUCACAUACUGGUGAAAUGCUUGCUGAAGAUAUAAUCACAUGUUUAAUGGAGUGGGAUAUUGACCGGAAGUUGUUUUCUAUGGUGUCUAGUCAUUCUCCACCGUUUGGUGAAAACGUGGCUAACAAAAUCAGAGACAGGUUGUCGCAGAACAAGUUCCUCUACUGUAACGGCCAAUUGUUCGACGUAAGCUGUGGAGUUAAUGUCAUUAACCAGAUGGCUCAAGAUUCCCUGCAAACAUGUUGUGACAUAAUAAACAUGGUUCGAGAGAGCAUUAAAUAUGUCAAGAGCUCAGAAUCUAUUCAGGAGAGAUUCAAUCAAUGGACUGUCGAAGCUGAAGCUGAAAGUGAAAGGAACCUAUUCAUCGAUGACCCAGUGAGAUGGGACACAACAUGUACCAUGCUGGAGAAUGCCUUAGAGCAGAAGAGUGCGUUUUCACUCAUGAAUGAACAUGAUCCUGAUUCUGUGUUAUGUCCAUCUGAUUUGGAAUGGGAUAGAUUAGAAACAAUUGUCGAGUUCUUGAAAGUCUUUGUAGAAGUGACAAAUGCCUUCACAAAGAGCAGUUGUUUACCCGCCAAUAUGUACUUCCCAGAGAUAUGCGACUUACACCUCCGGUUAAUUGAAUGGAGCAAGAACCCGGAUGAUUUCAUUAGCUCUCUAGCAGCAAACAUGAGAAAGAAAUUCGAUGAUUUCUGGGAUAGAAACAAUAUGGUUCUAGCCAUUGCUACCAUAUUAGACCCACGGUUCAAGAUGAAGCUAGUGGAUUAUUAUUACCCUCUGUUUUAUGAUACCAAUGCUUCAGAGUUCAUUGAAGAUGUUGCUGAGUUCAUCAAAGCGUUGUAUGAUGAGCAUUCUAUAGGAUCGCUGUUAGCAUCAUCAGAUCAAACCCUUGACUGGCAUAAUCAUCAUCAUGGCUCAAACGGUGUUCCCCAUGGGAAAGAGCUUGACGAUAGACUCAUAGAAUUUGAUAGGUACAUUAACGAUACAACUACUACAACUGGUCAAGACUCUAAAUCGGAUCUUGAAAAGUAUUUAGAAGAACCACUUUUUCCGCGGAAUUCAGAUUUCGACAUACUGAACUGGUGGAAAGUACACACUCCGAGGUACCCAAUCCUCUCUAUGAUGGCACGCAAUGUUUUAGCGGUUCCAAUGUCAAAUGUAUCAUUAGAAGAAGACGCCUUUGAAACUAGUCAAAGGAGACGGGUUAGUCAAGCUUGGCGUUCGCUUAGACCGAGUACUGUGCAAGCCUUAAUGUGUGCACAAGAUUGGAUCCAGAGCGAAUUGGAAAGCUCUUGAAACUCUUGAUUCAUCUUAUUUUGUUCAGAGUUUUUGUUUGUUUAGUUUAGAUCUUAGCUACAGCUUGUUUGUUUAUUGUCUGUACCUCUCCUCAACCGUUGUUCUGUCAUCAUUAUAUUCAAUAUAGCUAGGGCUUGUAUAACAGAAGCAUCAUUUCUCUUUACAUAGUUGACUUCAA